GUCUUUAUACCCCUGACGUCCAAGGAAGCGUACCUAGUAGGCUGCAUAUCUGUACAUAUUGUCCUAAUACGAUAAUGGUAAAAACAUUGAGAAUGGCUUGCUAAAAGAUACCGAGAUGUGGAGGACUUUACUUCAUCCUUGCGACAUCAAGUACAUAUUUCGGAAUAGAAGCCGAAUCUACACCCGUUUUUACCAAGGUCGUGGUAACACUUAUCGGAAUUCCCGAUUAAUAUUUAGAGGCAAAUUUUCUGGCUUAUGAAUUUGUUUGAAAAUGAUAGACAUAUUCUCUCAUGAAUCCAAUAAUUAACAGAGCAUGAUGUUACGGCACUCGAUUUCGCAAAUCUUUGGUGGAAAGCACCCUGCUUUAUCUCCACGUGGGGAUGACGACAUUGGACCUCGGCCCAAUCGACCGUCAAACCCUACCAUUUCAUUUUCAGUAGUUGGACAAUUACAUCAAUUUCCCCAUCACGAUUUAACUCCACCACAUUUUCAAGAAUCCGCUCCCAUGGCGGCCCCGGCAAUCCAACCACCGCCGCGCGUCAGUCACAUGCCAUCUGCGCCGGCCCCUUUCUCUUCGGCGCCGACCAUGAUAUCACCAGUAGUAACAAGAGAUGCUUCGAAUCUGCACCCGGUAUUCUUUACGGAGAGGUUACGAAAGUCGCCAUUCGUACUUGACGCCGUAGGACUGACUAGUCCUGUCGCGCAUGGCUAUGCUUAUGAAGAAGCACGGAGGAGAGCCGGUGGAGCUAUUCCAGCUUUGUUAUGAGGAGUACUUUUGCGAUGGAAAGUAUGGAAACGGAGAGACUCAUACGGCUGCCGAGUCAAUCUUAAAGGGUGCAUUAUAUUACC